CGAGAGUCGACAUACUCCUCACCCCAUAAGUUCCCGCCCUUCUCCUCCUUCCCCAGUCCCCUUCCAGCUGUUUCCCUACAACAGACCCUGAACUUUUUGAUACCCACAAUCAACGCCAGUUCAGUCAACAUGUCUUCUCCACAGCAACUCCGCACAAAGCUCACUGAUCUGCUUAAGAUCCAGCAUCCCGUCAUUCUGGCUGGCAUGAACGUGGCUGCUGGUCCUAAGCUCGCGGCUGCUGUGACCAACGCUGGUGGUCUUGGUGUCAUCGGCGGUGUCGGCUACACACCUGACAUGCUGCGAGAGCAGAUUGCCGAGCUCAAGGGCUACCUGACAGACAAGAACGCACCGUUCGGUAUCGAUCUUCUGCUUCCUCAGGUCGGUGGUAGCGCACGCAAGACCAACUACGAUUACACAAAGGGCAAGCUGAACGAGCUUGUCGACAUUGUCAUCGACUCUGGUGCCAAGCUCUUCGUUUCCGCCGUCGGCGUUCCCCCUAAGGCCGUAGUCGAGAAGCUGCACAAGCACGGUAUCCUGUACAUGAACAUGAUCGGACACCCCAAGCACAUCAAGAAGUGCCUCGAUCUCGGCGUCGAUAUCAUCUGCGCUCAGGGUGGCGAGGGAGGUGGACACACUGGUGACACACCUACAUCUGUCUUCAUCCCCGCCGCAGUCAAGAUUGUUGAGGGCCACAAGUCACCUCUCACUGGCGAGCAGGUGCAGAUCGUCGCUGCCGGCGGUAUCUACAAUGGUCAGUCCGUCGCUGCCAUGCUUAACUUCGGUGCCACUGGUGUUUGGGUUGGUACCCGCUUCAUCCUCUCUGAUGAGGCUGGUGCCCCCAAGGCCCACCAGGAGGCCGUGCGCACAGCUGGCUUCGACGACAACAUCCGCACAAUCAUCUUCACAGGGCGACCCCUUCGUGUUCGCAAGAACCCAUACAUCGAGAACUGGGAGGACAACAGGGCGGCUGAGAUCAAGGAGUUGACCAGCAAGGGCAUCUUGCCUGUCGAGUACGACCUCGAGAAGCUAGGUGAUGACCUUGAUGACGAGACAAUGGACAAUGCACGACCAUUCCUGAUGGGCAAGGUCGCUGCUGUCGUCGAGGAGAAGAAGAACGCACGGGAAAUUGUCGAUGAGCUCGUUGGGGAUGCUGUCAAGUGGCUGCAGACCACCAACGGGUACAUUGUUUCAAAGUCGAAGUUGUAAAUUAUAUACUUGUGUGUGGGUUCAAGAAUACAUUAGCUUAUUCAACCA